AUGGAAGCUGUACUAUCUGGGGGACCAUGGUUUGUAAAUGGUCAUAUAAUUGGCAUGGAGAGAUGGAUGCCGAAUUUUUUACCUUUGACGAUGAAAGUUUUGACUUCACCUAUUUGGGUUAGGAUGCCCCAUCUACCUCUUCAUUGUUGGGAUGAGAAGAAUACAACAAGAAUUACUUCUAUGAUUGGCAAUCAACUAAUGAUGGAUGGAAAUAUGUUUCAAUGGGGAAGGAGGGAGUUUGCAAGGGUGUGUAUGAGGAUUGAGAUUGACCAAAGCCUUCCAUUAGGUGUUUGGGUGGAAAGUAUUUCGGGAAGGUUUUUUCAAAAGGUUGAAUAUGAAAAAAUUUCUUCCUUUUAUUUUCAAUGUGGUAUGAUUGGACAUGUUAAAGGUGAUUCUAUCAAAACAAAUUCUAUCCAGGAAAAUGUGAAGCUGUCUAACAGUAAUGAUGGUUUGGCUUCUGAUGUGGGAAAGAAGAUUGAGGAAGUUGAUGCAGCUUCUUAUGGACCAUGA